GCGAAGCACCCGGCAGGGGUCGGGGGGUAAGGUCUACGGUGUUGCCGUAUCGAGCAGGCUCGGGGCUCCGCUCGCUCCCCCCCUGCAGUGUCAGGAGGGGUGCCUGUAGAAGAAAAGUUUGUGCGAUUUGUUUUCUUUGAUUUCUGUAUGGGAUUUCCCUCGCGCGAUUGGGGCGGUGCAAAUGGUCCAGAUGGAAAGAUCUAACAGUGAAGAGUUUCAUCGUCGAGUUCUGAGUGUGGCCCCAGUCAUGGAGAAACAUUUAGAUUCAUUAAAGACUGACUUCAGAACAGAAAUUGAUUCCAACAGGUGUCUUGAAAGUAUAAACACAUUUGACGAACUAAUUGUUGUGCUUGUUAAGAGGAAUUUCAUCGAUGACAGUGACAGGAAGACUUGGACGAAACUUAACCCAAAGUUCCAGAAAUAUGAACAGAUUUUAUUUUAUGAGGACAAUGGUUUUUCUGUUCGUCCACAAAGUCACCUCAGAGCUCGCCUGACAGAUGAUGUUAUUGAUUAUUUCUCAUCAAUACCCAUCGGCCAUUCCUGGAGAGAUUUUGGCAGAAAUUUGGGGCUUAAACAAAAACAUAUUGAUGAAAUUGAGAAGAAAUAUGAUACUGACUACCGUUCAUGUGUUGGAGAGGUUUUGCAAAUUUAUGAGCAGAUGUCAAGAUCAACUAAUAAUCCACUUGAGGAUAUCACGAAAGCCUUUGAUUUGAUAAAUCGUGGCUACUUGAAACCAGGAUUUUCGACAUUAAGCGGCUUCAACCAACUUAACCCAAGAUAGUUACCACAACCAAAUUGUAAAGUAUAAGGAGGCAAGGAAACCAAGCGUUCAAUUAUCAAUUUUAUAGUAUGUAACUUUAACCAACGUUAAAUGUUUAUAUGUAUUUCCACCAGUUUUUUCCUUUACACUGAUCAUAGAAAUAUAACACAUAUACAGGUGAUUUUGCAUCUGCAAUUUUUGGGGGACAAGGGCAAUUAAAAUUAUGACAACCAAA